GCGUGAACCAUAGUCGUGUACUCGGCAUAGGUACAUAUAAUAUUAUAUAAAUACGGUCGCCGUAUGAAGUUCAGCUCGCACAAGUAUCGUGCAUCACGUGUAGUCUAUACGUAUCAGUGCGAUAUAAUACUAAUAAAAAGUGUUUGGAAUCGUAUUGAUAUUAUUUUAUGUAUUUUUAUAAAAUAUAUUACUGUGCAUUGAAGUUGUCGGCGAGUUUUUGUCACUAUAUCGUCGACGGGCCGAGAACAUUUUUUAAAUAUCAGAAGAUGAAUUCGCAGCACGCGACGUCGAUCUUCGUAUUGGUCUGCUGCUACGGCGGAGUCGGUCGUACCGUUCGGGCAAGCAUCGUCGACGGACACUACUACGGUCCUUAUAACCAUCGAAUUGGCGGAGGUUACUUAUACGGCACCGCAGGCGCUUACCACCGAGGACCUCAUCAACAGUAUCGAAAUAUCGGCCUGAUCGGCGGUAGUGGCGUUGGCGGUUCUCGUCUGUCGCUUACGAAGUUGCCCGCCGCCUCGGCUGCAAUCGCAACGACCGCCACCGUAGCAAUGCCCCGACACAAUUAUUAUAACCGCAGUUUACGCCCUUACGAAAACGUCAUAAUCCCGAUGUCUCCGUAUUACUGGUCGCCACCGAGAUCAGGACUGCUGCACCGCGGUAAUGACCAUUACCGCGGUCGCGGGAGUGUUUCUGUCAUCGGAAAACACCAACAGCAGCUAUUCGGCGGGUUGAUCCCCAAGAAAACUCGAAAGAUCGUCAUCGGUGGGCCCGGCGGACACGUCUCUCAGUCGUUCGUCGGACCUCAUACUUGUUACGGCACGGUCGGCGGAAUUUACCAUUGAACAUUGACGAGCGACGGCUUUUUGAAUCCGCUUGAAUCCGAAUUUCGCACCGAUUUAUAAAUCAAUAGUAUC